AUGUGGCGUUAUUUCACUCGUCAUAAAACCAGACGAUAUGUAGACGUCUUACCGGAUUUAGUAUAUGCUUACAAUCAUUCUUAUCAUCGAAGUAUUAAAAGAGCACCAGCUCAAGUGAAUGCUUCUAAUGUAUUAAAAGUCUGGAAAACUUUAUAUGGGGAAAAAUCUCAAACAUUCCCUAAAAAACCUCAAUUUAAACAAGGAGAUCGGGUCCGCAUUAGUAAAGCUAAACGCAUUUUUGAAAAAGGAUAUUUACCCAAUUGGACUACAGAAUUGUUUACCAUUUCUAAAAGAGUACCUGGAAGAUAUCCUUAUGUGUAUAAAAUCCAAGAUGAUCAUGGUGAGGAAUUAGAAGGCACUUUUUACGAAAAAGAAUUACAACAGAUUAAUAAAAAAGAUGAUGUGUACGAAGUAGAAGAAAUUUUGGGGUAUAAAAAGCGACGUGUCGGGAAAAAAAUCAUUCAAGAAGUCAAAGUGCGGUGGAAAGGAUAUCCUCCUAGUUUCGAUUCAUGGAUUCUCCAAACGGAUCUCAUUCAACAAUUACAUGAUACUAAUCGCAAAUAUUGGAUGGUCUGUGUGAGUUCUUCCGUAGGAUACAUUAUGCCUAGUCCUACCCUAAUGCAUCAUACCCCUAAGAAGACCACAAAUCCAGGGAGUCUAAAAAUAGAGACACAAUAG